CGUUACCUUGUCAUCAUGCGAUGCAAUCCGUAAUGGCGGGACUUUUGAAUUGAGAACGUUGUUUCUUUUUUUUUGGUUCUAGAAUUGGACCUUUUUAGUGCAGUGGCUAGUUUUUUUGUGUAGUGGCCAGUGUUGUGUGAGUUUUUUUGGAUAAGGAUUCAGUGGAAUAUCAUAGGUACAAAAAAGUGCAGUGAUCAAAUAAAUGCGAGUGCAAAUUAGUGUAUAUAAUAAGAAAAAUGUGCAAAGUUUCCUAAGUGCAGUGUAGUGACGGUGCCGCGGUGCGCGCGCGCCGCUCGCAGUCAGCAUGGUGCUAAGUUGACGACGGCGAUCGGCCGCGCCUUACGCCGCUUCACCACUCGCACGACAGGAUGCUGGGCGGCGUGGGCGGACGGCACGCGUCCGUGCGCCGGCGCGGCAGCUCGCCGGGCGUGCGCCGAUACGCGGCAGGCGCGGCCGCCGCAGACGACUCGCCGCCGGCGUCGCCCCGCCCCAUGCGCCGGCGCCGCGCCGCGCUCGCUGCGCAAGACCACAAGACCUGCGCGCUUAUACAUACCAGGCUCAAGCUGGGGGAUAUUAUGUUGGCGGCAGCGCAGGAGGCGGCGGGGGCGCAGGCUCGCGCGGCGCCAGCUGAUACCAUGGGCGGCGCGCACCAGCCCGCUACUCCAGGGCCCAGCUCACUCUUUAUAUUUGCCGACGAAAAUCCUAUUCGGAGGUACACAAAGUUCAUCAUCGAGUGGCCGCCCUUCGAGUACGCGGUGCUGCUUACCAUCAUCGCCAACUGCGUGGUGCUGGCGCUGGAGGAGCAUUUGCCUAACGGCGAUAAGACCAUCUUAGCACAGAAUCUGGAAAAGACCGAGGCGUACUUUUUAGGAAUAUUUUGUGUAGAAGCCUCGUUAAAAAUCUUAGCCUUAGGUUUUGUUUUACACAGGGGAUCGUAUCUUAGGAACGUUUGGAACAUCAUGGAUUUUUUCGUUGUAGUAACUGGUAUCAUCACGCAGCUGCCGAUCGCGCCAGCCGACGUCGACUUCAGGACCUUGCGUGCCAUUAGGGUGCUGAGGCCCCUUAAAUUAGUAUCGGGCGUUCCUAGUCUGCAAGUGGUACUGAAGUCCAUCAUAAAGGCGAUGGCGCCGUUGCUGCAGAUCGGCCUCUUGGUGCUUUUCGCGAUAGUCAUCUUCGCUAUCAUCGGCCUCGAGUUCUACUCAGGGGCGCUGCAUAAGACUUGUUAUAAUUUAGAAGAUAUUAGUGAAAUAGUAAAUGAAGGCGAUAGUGCGACGCCGUGUAACGCGGACAACGUGAGUUUAGCACCAUUUGGCGCGAACGUGUGUGAUUAUGAGAAGAGCACGUGCUUAGAGAAGUGGGAAGGGCCGAACAGGGGCAUCACGUCCUUCGACAACAUCGGCUUCGCUAUGCUCACCGUCUUCCAGUGCAUUACCAUGGAGGGCUGGACCGCAAUCCUCUAUUGGACAAAUGACGCGCUAGGUAGUGCGUUCAACUGGAUUUACUUUGUGCCUCUCAUAGUAUUGGGUUCAUUCUUUAUGCUCAACUUAGUUCUCGGUGUCCUUAGCGGUGAGUUCGCUAAAGAAAGAGAGAAAGUAGAAAAUAGACAAGAAUUUCUUAAAUUAAGAAGACAGCAGCAACUUGAGAGAGAACUCAAUGGUUACGUUGAGUGGAUUUGUAAAGCAGAGGAAGUAAUAUUAGCAGAAGAAAGAACAACAGAGGAAGAAAAAAUGCACAUAAUAGAAGCACGGAGAAGAGCAGCGGCCAAAAAGAAGUUAAAAAACCUUGGUAAAAGUAAAAGCACAGAUACAGAAGAGGAAGAACAAGAUGAAGACUGCGGUGAUGACGGUUUUCUAAAAAGCAAAGCUCGGUCAGCCGGGAGGUUUGCGGACUUCUGGCGGGCUGAGAAGAGGUUUCGGUUUUGGAUCAGGCACACAGUGAAGACCCAGUGGUUCUACUGGUUCGUCAUUGUCUUGGUGCUCUUCAACACGAUAUGCGUCGCUGUAGAGCAUUAUAGACAACCCAAGUGGCUGACUUCGUUUUUAUACUAUGCCGAAUUUGUGUUCCUGGGGUUGUUCAUGAUGGAAAUGUGGGUGAAGAUGUAUGCGCUUGGGCCGCGAAUUUACUUCGAGUCGUCCUUCAACCGGUUCGACUGCGUGGUCAUCUCCGGCUCCAUCUUCGAGGUCGUGUGGUCAGAGGUCAAGGGAGGCUCCUUCGGUCUAUCUGUCCUGAGAGCUCUAAGACUGCUGAGGAUAUUCAAGGUCACCAAGUACUGGUCAUCGCUUCGGAACCUGGUGAUCUCUCUCCUCAACUCAAUGAGAUCCAUCAUCUCGCUGCUGUUCCUGCUCUUCCUGUUCAUCCUCAUCUUCGCGCUGCUUGGCAUGCAGCUGUUUGGAGGACAGUUCAACUUCGAGGACGGCACGCCGCCGACCAACUUCAACACCUUUCCUAUCGCGUUGUUAACUGUCUUCCAGAUCCUAACAGGUGAAGAUUGGAACGAAGUGAUGUAUGAUGGCAUCCAGUCUCAGGGCGGCAUCCAGAGGGGCAUGAUCUACUCUCUGUACUUCGUCAUCCUCGUCUUGUUUGGCAACUACACGCUGCUGAACGUGUUCCUUGCCAUCGCUGUCGACAACUUGGCUAACGCCCAGGAAUUGACAGCGGCAGAAGAGGAACAAGUCGAGGAGGACAAGGAGAAACAGCUCCAAGAAUUGGAGAAAGAGAUGGGUGCAUUACACGCGGUGGACGGCUCUCCACCGGGAGUAGAUCUAAGUCCCUCUUCGCCGACGAGUAGGAAGAACAAAAAGAAAGAAGAGGCCAAAAAAGAAGAUGAAGAUGAGGUACCAGAUGGACCAAAACCAAUGCUGCCAUAUUCGUCCAUGUUUAUUUUGUCACCUACUAAUCCAAUUAGGCGAGGCGCACACUGGGUUGUAAAUUUAAGAUAUUUUGAUUUUUUUAUCAUGGUAGUUAUAUGUAUGAGUUCUGCGGCUUUAGCGGCUGAAGACCCCGUAGUGGAAGAGAGUGACAGGAACAAAAUCCUGAACUACUUCGAUUACGCGUUCACGGGCGUGUUCACGGUGGAGAUGCUGCUGAAGAUCGUGGACCUCGGCAUCCUGUUCCACCCCGGCGCUUAUCUGCGCGACCUGUGGAACAUCAUGGAUGCCGCCGUCGUUAUAUGCGCCCUUGUCAGCUUCGGAUUUGAGAUCGGAGGCGUGAAAAAGGGCGCGGGGCAGAAUCUGUCCACAAUAAAAUCGUUAAGAGUGUUACGAGUGCUCAGACCUUUGAAAACUAUAAAACGAGUUCCAAAGUUAAAAGCAGUGUUUGACUGUGUUGUGAACUCUUUGAAAAAUGUCAUCAACAUUCUCAUUGUGUACAUAUUGUUUCAAUUCAUAUUCGCUGUAAUUGCAGUUCAACUUUUUAAUGGUAAAUUUUUUCACUGCAACGAUAUCAGUAAGAAUACUUUUGAAGACUGCCAAGGGUCGUAUUUCGUGUACGAGUCAAACAGCUUGCUGCCGAAAGUCAACCAGCGCACGUGGACGACGCAAUCCUUCCAUUACGACAACGUCGCCGUGGCCAUGCUUACGCUGUUCGCUGUGCAGACCGGGGAGGGGUGGCCACAAGUAUUACAAAAUUCAAUGGCCGCCACCUACGAAGACAGGGGACCCAUACAAAAUUUUCGAAUAGAAAUGUCCAUAUUUUAUAUAGUUUACUUCGUGGUGUUUCCUUUCUUCUUUGUUAACAUAUUCGUAGCUCUGAUAAUUAUCACAUUUCAAGAGCAGGGCGAAGCUGAGCUCCAGGAUGGUGAAAUUGAUAAGAAUCAGAAAUCGUGUAUAGACUUCACGAUAGAAGCGCGACCUCUCGAGAGGUAUAUGCCAAGCAAAAGGGCGAGUUUUAAGUACAAAGUGUGGAGAAUAGUUGUCUCUACGCCCUUCGAGUACUUCAUCAUGACGCUCAUCGUCCUCAACACAUUGUUGCUCAUGAUGAAGUACUAUAAUCAAAAUGACAUCUACGCGGAUGUCCUCAAGUAUUCGAAUAUGGGGUUUACUGGAAUGUUUUCUGUGGAAACCGUGUUGAAAAUCAUCGCUUAUGGUGUCAAAAAUUUUUUCAAAGACCCUUGGAAUACAUUCGAUUUCAUUACGGUCAUUGGAAGUAUUAUUGACGCCCUCAUUAUGGAGUUUGGCGAGAACACAUUCAACGUCGGUUUCCUUCGCCUGUUUCGAGCCGCGCGACUGAUCAAGCUGCUCCGACAGGGCUACACUAUUCGGAUACUACUCUGGACCUUCGUGCAGAGUUUCAAAGCCUUACCCUACGUGUGCCUUCUCAUCGCGAUGCUAUUCUUCAUCUACGCCAUCAUUGGGAUGCAGGUGUUUGGCAAUAUAGAAUUAACACCAGAGUCUGACAUGAACAGACACAACAAUUUUCGAAGCUUCAUUCAAGCACUCAUGCUACUGUUCAGAUGCGCUACGGGCGAGUCGUGGCCCAACAUAAUGUUGGCUUGCCGCAAACCCGCCAAGUGCGACAUAGCAGCUGGAAAGGCCUCCAACGAAGAAUGUGGAAGUACGCUCGCCUACGCCUACUUCGUAUCUUUUAUAUUCUUCUGUUCGUUUCUUAUGUUGAAUUUGUUCGUUGCCGUUAUUAUGGAUAACUUUGACUAUCUAACGAGGGAUUCGUCCAUCCUCGGCGCACAUCAUCUUGAUGAAUUUGUUAGAAUAUGGGCAGAAUACGACCCAAACGCCACGGGCAAGAUCCAUUAUACAGAAAUGUAUGAUAUGUUGAAGAAUAUGGAUCCGCCUCUGGGGUUUGGUAACAAAUGUCCAAAUAGACUAGCAUAUAAGAAGCUUAUUAGAAUGAAUAUGCCGCUAGACGAUGAGGGGAAAGUUAAUUUUACAACAACACUAUUUGCCUUAAUACGAGAAAACUUGAACAUCAAAAUGAGAUCUCCCGAGGAAAUGGACCAAGCAGAUGAGGAAUUAAGGGAAACAAUAACCCACAUUUGGCCAUUACAAGCGAAGAAGAUGCUCGACUUGCUGGUGCCUCGAAACGAUGUACUCAACGCUGGAAAACUGACCGUCGGGAAGAUAUACGCUGGUCUUCUAAUCCUCGAGAGUUGGAGAUCUACAAGGUUCAAGCAGAACGGUGUGCCGGCAUUCAACGAGAAUAGCCCUACGGCCAUUCAGCCGAAGGCGUCACUGUUUAACUGCUUGAUGGACGUGGCGGCGGGGCUGGGGCCCGGCUCGCGGGCCGGCUCGCUCAGCCAUGAAGGGCCCGUCAACGCUGACGGCCAUCCGGACGACCCGCAUCUGCUGGCCAACCUCGCCAGACGCGGCAACCGAAAAUCGCUCAAGAACAAUAAAAAGGUGAAUACCUUAUGUGAAACGGUACUGGAACUACAAGGAUCACACCAUGCCUCAAUGGAGUCGUUGGACGAGGGGCGGUUACAAGCUCCUCACACAUACCAGAAUGGUCACCACCACGGGAGAUCAUCCAGUUUAAGACGAACGCCCAGUCCAAGAAGACGAGGCCACUACGGAGGUUAUCAUCACGAUAUCGGAUUCUCAGACACCGUCAGCAACGUCGUCGAGAUAGUAAAGCAUGAACACCAGAGACACGGGCGAACGCACAGAGCUCCCCACUACUACCACCCACAUGCAGGGAAGGAGUGGAGGGCGCCGCACCCCACGACCAGCCUGAGCCAGCCCUCGCGGUCGCCCAGCCCGCCACACCACACCUACGUUUGGGCCCCGAUAGGUGAGCGGGAGCGGGACCGCGAGUGGCGGGAGUGGCGCGACCGGUCGUGGGAGCGCGAGGGCGCGCGGCGCGGCCGCGGCCGGCAGCUGCCCCCCACGCCCACCAAGCCGUCCACGCUACAGGUCAAGCAGCAGCCACCCUUCACCAGAAUCAGCCACAGCCCCUCACACUUAUCGCUAAGGCACACCGUCAGAGAACCGGUGGAGCCCCAGCACGAUGAGUACGAGUACGGCCGAGAAGUUGAAAGACUGAUACACCGAGAUUAUAGAUCUAGAGAAAGACGCGGGCGCGGCUACGACGCGGAGUGGGGCCCGGCGCCGCUGAGCUACGAGGCGGCGCUGGCGCUGGGCCGCGGCGCGCGCGCGCUGCCGUCGCCGGCGCCCGCCUGCCCAACGGCUACAAGCCGCGCGCGCGCCACUCGGACUCGGACGAGGACGACUGGUGCUGACGCUCGCCCCGCCUGCCCUCCGCGCACUCCUUCUGACGCGCCCGCGAGCGCCCCGCGCCUCGAACGAUCUCGUUUUAUACUCGGCGACCGUGUGUACAUAGACGACUCCCGUUGCUCAGCGGUUCGGACGUCGCUCCCGGCCCGCCGCGGCCCGCCUCCGAAUUCUAGUAUUUACGAAGUUUUGGAAAAUUUAAUUUUUAAUUCGCUAAAAUUUUACUCCUUGAUUUGUAUUACGGUUAGGGCGAUCGAGGUAUGAGACGGUGCCGGACGACUCGUUUGCGCUAGGAUUUUUACAUAAAAUGAAAUUACUAGUCUGUAUUGUAAAAGUAAACUUUCUAUAUUAAAUUUGCACUACGUGUUGUCUACGUUAUAUCGCGUGGUGAGAGGGCGGGCCGCCGCGGCCCGACCCCGCCCGACGCCGUUUCGUAUUCAACUUACACGUUGGGAGAACACUAGCGAUUCAUCGUCAGACAAAUUAAUACUAGUAUUGUAUAAAAUAUUUACAUAGCGAAUAAUUUUUACUUAGUUAAUAUAUACUAAAUAAAUAAUUAAACAUUUUUUUAUUGAAUUUGCUGUCCUUCCCCCAAGUGCUUUAUACCUACGUUAUUUAAAUUUAAAUACGAUUAAACUAAAUAAAGAUGAAUUGUGUGUAAACUUUGAAAAUAUAUUUCUGCAUUAAAUGAUUACCCAAAUUGUUAAAUCGUGUACUGAGUAUUGUUUAAAGAUUUUGUCGCCUGGUUAGUAAGCUUUACGACGGGACACUAGAGCUACGCACUCGCAUCGUAUCGAGUAUCGACGCGCAGUUUUGUACCCAGGGGGAGUAUCCUAUUGCUUUGUGAGUUAACUCUCGAAUAUACCUCAAAGUAACAUUUAGGAUGUAAAUUAAACACGAGCCAAAGUUUUGUUGACUAUAAUUAUUAUUAUACUAAGGAAAAACAGGAUACUCCCACUGAGAAAUGAUACAGUCAUCGACAUUUUGAUGAAUUGCCUUUAACUUUAGCGAUAUUAAAGUAGGUUAUGAGUUAUAACUAAGUAAGUCUCAACAGUUCAAAUAUGAGUGACUUUCAAUUAAAGAGUUAAAAGUAGGUUAUUCAUAGAUUAAAAUAUUCAUUGAGAAACACAUGACACGGCAUAAGCGGUCCCUAAUAAGUUUAAGGAAUCUCUUGUCGAUGGCCGGUUAUUUCGAGCGAAACAAAACACUGUCACCAGGCACAAAAUCUAAAUAUAUUUUGUACACUCUACAUCAGAAUUGGUUUACAACUUUAGUGUACACACAUUAUAAAUAAACAGUAACUAUUGCUAAGAAAAAGAUUUGACUUAUUAAGUAUCAUGUUCAUUUGAUCAACACCUAUGCAAAAGCGGUGAAACCAAUUCUGCCGACGACUGUACCUUAUAUUAUAAAUCCGAUAUUCGUCCUAAUCCCACUUAAUACUACUUCAUGCCAUUGUCAUACUAGUCACUUGUUAGCUGUAAUCUUUGCUGCGACUGUUGUACUUGAAACAUCGAAAAAUAUAUAAAAAUACACAAGGGUGUAUUUACAAUUAGAAAACAUAAUUCGACAACUCUUUUAAUACGGUUCAAAUAAUUUAAAAUUCACUUUAAAAGACUUGUGACGUCGUCACUGAAAACAGUACAAGAGUGGUAGCAGAGAGAAAAUCGUUCAACACCAUCAAACACAUUUGUUGCAAAGCAUGAUGUAGGUUACUUUAGUACGACAAAAUUGUAAAUACAUGAUUUUCUGUGAUAACAUGAGGUUAAAAUGAGAAUUAUUAUUAGAACUGUGUGAUUGCAUAGGGGUGUUGUUCAUUUCUCUAAGGGACGACGCGUGUUUGGCAUAAACAGUUUAUUGUUAAGGAUAGUCGGUUUAGAGGGAUUAGCGCGACAUUUAAUAAUAGUGUUUACAUAAUAAAUGGAAUAUUAAAAAGCAAGCAUAAAAUAAUAUUCUAAUGUUUUUCAGUUUUGUUAGUGAUAGUACUUUUGCACUUACCCACAGUUGUAUUGUGUUUCUACCUAAUGUUGGAAUGUUAAUAAGGCAAUGUCGAAGACGGGACAAGCAAGUUGUUUCCAAACACGCGGCACGUCUGACAGUAGAUACCUUUAGUCGAAUCGGAUAUUACUACCCUCAAUAUUUUGAUCGUUGUUGUUUGUUGCGAAGGGCAGGAACGGGUUAUAAGAUAGCUUUUAUAUUUUACCUCUGUUAAAGUUACUAGUACAAAGUGUCUACGCUGGUACGCGGAAUCGUGUCAUUUUUGUGCAGUAUUGUCCAUUAUUAUAGUAUACCUAUACUUUGUUAAUAAAUACGCCUGUUUUCAUAAUUCCGUUUAAAACUACACAUAUAUAUGUGAAUCGAUCGUUUUGAACAAUUGAUAUUAUUAAUGUUAUAAUUACAAUGCUAAUCUAGUCGUAAUAAAACAAAUAAAUAAAUAAAAAUUGUUUUUUAAAAAGUGUUCGCGAAGAAUGCGUGUCUCACAAAAUAUAAACUUGUUGCCCUCGAUUUCAGAGUGUUAGAUUUCUUCUAUGUAGUUUUAUUAUUUGACAAGAUUGACUCAUGAGAAAUAUUUAUAUUGUUAUUGUAUAGACGUAUGGGUAUUUUCGUUUUGUCAUUUGUAAUCGGGGUGUUAGGAUGAUAUCUACAAUAAGCCGAUGGACUUUCGAUGACUGAGUGGUAUUUAGUACCGAGUGCGUCCCGCUUUGGUGUUUGUGACUCCCUCGUAUUUCUACGACGAUGUUACACUAACAUACAUGUAUAAGAUGUGUAAAUAUUGUAAAAUAUAAAGCGACCGUUGUGUAGAGGUCGCCUGUGAAAAUGUCUAGUGAUAUGUUACUAGUUAAUGUUAGCUAGGUAAUCUCGUCCCCAACUGUCCUUGAAUUUAAGUUGGGUGUUUCACUGCCUUAAAGUAAUAAUGAGAAUAUUCGAUGUAAUACUUACUAAACUACUACAAAUAAGUGGCAUUUCGAUUGUUCUAAUGGGUUCCAUUGUUCCGUGUUCACGACUAGUUCAAUGACAAACACUGCGGUUUACGUUCAAACUAUUAGCAUAACGAAUAGAGACAAAUAAUGUACGAACUAACAUGACAGCAGCAGCUAUAAUAAACAAAGUGUAAUAAAAUUGUUAAUAAAUAAAUUGUAACUAAUAUAAACACUCUCUUAGCUCACUUCCCUCGCGCAGGCCGUGGCAGACGAGCGGUCACUUGCAAUAUUACGUGUUGAGCCUGGACGGAAUAUUAAUGAUAAGCUCGUGUGCGCGUCGCCUAUAUCUAUCGAACAAUUCAACUACUGAAGUGAGAUGAGAAAGUCUGAGCCAAGAUGUCAUGCCUGCCUUGUAUCUGUGUAAUCGCUUCACGAACAUCAUGUUUUAUAUUAAAAGUUAUAAUUAUAAUUGUAUAUUUAGCAUAGAAAGUUCAUCGGCGUCGAGAGAAGCACCAUAGAAUGUUUUUGGUACGUUCCAAUAACUUUACAGGAUAGUGCAAUCCUAAUGAUAUUGUAUUAAUAAAGAACCAAACUUAAAUUAGUAUUUAAGUAAUUUAUUAUCCUAAAACUAAAAAACUAUACGCAUGUUUUCACUAUACUGGUAAAAUGGUUAUGUACAAUAUGAAAGAGCUACUGUUUUAUAUAUGAAUUCUUGCUCGCCUGUAAAAUUUUGCAGAAUGAAUCAUAUUAUAAGAUUGUACAAUAUGAAUAAAUGCAAAAAAGACAUUUCCUCGAU